AGGAAGCAACAUCGGUAUGUUAAUAGGGAAAAAAGCUUCGGAAGCAGCACCUCCCUUACUUCCCAUCAAAGCCUCUACAGAGAGGAGAAGUUGCAUCAACUCAGGGACGGUAGAACGAGGUUUACUCAGAGCAAGGAACCGAAUUCCUGGAAAAAAAGCCCCACUGGGAAGAAAUCAUAUGAAUGCCUUGAAUGUGGGAAGAGCUUCCGCUCUGUAAGUGACCUCGCUUGCCAUAACAGGACCCAUACAGGGGAAAAACCAUUUCAAUGCAUGGAGUGUGGAAAGAGCUUCAGGAAAAAAGAUCAUCUUAAGUCACACGAGAGGAUCCACACGGGAGAGAAGCCGUAUAAAUGCACUGAGUGUGGGAAAUGCUUCAGAACCUCCUUUGAGCUUACCUCCCAUAAGAGGAUCCAUACAGGGGAGAAACCCUAUGAAUGCCUGGAGUGUGGAAAAAGCUUUAGCCAACGCAGCACUCUAACCUUACAUAAUAGGAUGCAUAAAGGGGAGAAACCUUAUAAAUGCCUGCACUGUGGAAAAAGCUUUAGUCAAAAAAGUUAUCUUAAGUCACACGAGAGGAUCCACACGGGAGAAAACCCCUAUAAGUGCACGGAGUGUGGCCUGUCUUUCAGGACAAGUGGUUGUCUUGGUAGCCACAAGAGGAUCCACACCGGGGAGAAACCGUACACAUGUCAUGAGUGCGGAAAAAGCUUUAGACAUAAUAAUUCACUCAAGAGCCAUAGCAGGCUUCACUCAGGGGAGAGACCUUAUAAAUGCCUGGAGUGUGGGAAAUGUUACAGUGAGAGUGGCCAGCUUACCUCGCACAAUAGGAUCCACACAGGAGAGAAACCAUUUAAAUGCAUCGAGUGUGGAAAGAGUUUCAAAGACGGCAGGAAUCUUAGGCUCCAUAAAAGAAUCCACACAGGGGAGAAGCCGUAUCAGUGUGUGGAAUGUGGAAAGAAAUUCAGAACUGGGAGUCUUUUUAAUCGCCAUAAGAAGAUGCACAGCAUGAAAAAAUGAUGUGAAUUUGUUGUGCUAGUGUAGAGUAGAAUAAGAUUACAAACAAUAACAAUAGAAAUGGAAUAGGAUAUAGAAAUAGAAAAAGGAAGGGAAUUCUCUCAUGGCCAAGUGUGAUUGGAGAUACAAGGCAUGUGUCUCUAAUGCAUACAUUCUCAAGUGUACAUAACAUACAACAAAUGAUCAACUUUUGUCAACGCGAACAGCAAAGAGAGGGAAGGAUUUGGGAACUAACACAUCCGGUUGUCUAUGGAGAUUCUCAGUCAUCCAGGCUGCGCUUCUCCCAAAUGUACUUUUAUCAAAAGGCAACUGGACCUCUUUAUUUCCUUGAGGAGAUUUCCCUUCUUACCCAAGAAGUGUCUUCAGUUCUCUUUCUUCUUGAAUGAGAAGCAAAAUGUCUUCAAGGAGAAACAAAGUCCAGUUGUCUUUUGAAAAAAAGAAAGCACCUUUGGGAGAACACCUUCAGACAGCAUAAGGCUGCAGAAAGCUGGCUUGGAGUCUAGAGAAGAUGCUGAAAGAUUUCAAGAGGAAACAUUGCAAUCUAAGUGGUGAGGUCCAGACCUGGCGGUGUUGACUCCCUAUAUUUCCCUAAUGUUGGAAGGAAUCAAGCAGUGGAUCUACUACACCCCUGUGGAGAAAGUCUGUAUCUGCACCACCUUUAACCUUGGUUGUGUUUAACUGAUUUCUAGUCUGAGAUACAAUAUUGAUUGUGUUUGAUUUUUAUGAAUGCCCUAAAUUAUGAAGCGGCUUAAGGCUUAGCUUACACAUCUCAGAUACAGGCUCUUUUUGAUGGGUAGAUUGGACAAUUUAGGGAACCAGCUUCAGAAAAUACAGGUGGCCCUUGACUUAUGACCACAAUUAAGCCCCAAAAUUUCCAUGGCUAAGCAAGACAGUUGUUAAGUGAGUUUUGUGCCAUUUUACCAGUUUUGCCACAGUUGUUGGUUUCCCCAUUGUCUUUCCUUGUCUGAAGGUCUGAAACAGGGAUCCCAUGACCCCGGGAUACUCCAAAUAUCAAAAAUACAGGCCAGUUGCCAAGUCUCUCAAUUUUUAUCACAUGACACAGGGAUGCUGCAACGGUUGUGUGGAAAAAUUCAUAAAUCAUGUUUUUCAGUGCCGUUGUAACUUCUAACAUUCACUGAAGAAAUUUAUUGUAAGUUGAGGACUAAUUGUAAAGCAGCCAUUGAUUAUUUCUUAUUAAGGCAGUGAAGGAGUAUAUAAAUCAAACUAA